AUGUCGCUCGUGUACUUGCCUGAGGACUCGUGGUCACUUCGCUACGGUACAGACUACUUCACAGUCGCCAUUAUCAACUAUGUGGUGAUGGAGGAAAAGUACGCAUCGUAUGAGUUGCAAAUUCAGAAUGGACGACGCAGUUGGAAGAGGUUGCGUCGUUUUAGUGAGUUUGACGAACUACUUGCGAGUGUGCGCUUUAAAGCAGGCAAACUGCCUGAGUUACCGCCUAAGACCUAUUGCUGCCGAGACCUCAAUCCAGACUUCUUAGCUAGACGCAAAGACCAAUUACAAGAUUUUUUGCAUCAUUUACUGCAGAUCCGAGGGAUCGCUGAUGACGACCAUGUGCGCAGAUUUCUUGGGCUUAAGCUAUCUGCAGAGCUUUAUUAUAUUGCUGGUAGAUCUUUUUCAACUUCUCUGCUCGUAUCAAGAAAGUAUGACAAGGGUUAUUUUGCGGGACACAACAGCACGAAGUCUGCGUACAUGGGUAUGAACGUAUUCUGA